GUGCUUUGGGUAGCUGGACAGAAGGGGACCUGUGGAGGUAGGACAAAUGGUUGGCUUCUGAAUCUGCCCAAAUUGGGCCAUAGAUUACCUGAUGUGGGACAGCGAAAGAGAGAUGGGACAGUGAAAUAAAGUGAGAUGUUACGAUUGACCUUAGGCUGGGCACAGUGGUAUACACUUUGGGAGGCUGAGGUGGGCAGAUCACUUGAGGUCAGGAGUUUGAGACCAGCCUGGCCAACAUGACGAAACCCCAUCUCUGCUAAAAAUACAAAAAAAAUUAGCUGGGGCAUGGUAGCAUGCACCUGUAAUCCCGGCAACUUGGGAGGCUGAGGCAGAAUUGUUUGAAUCUGGGAGAUGAAGGUUGCAGUGAGCUGAGAUUAUGCCACUGCACUCCAGCCUGAGUGACAGAGCGAGACUCUGUCUUUAAAAAAAAAAAAAUGACGUUAGAUCUUUCAGAUGUGGAAGUUUGUGUGAGGAGUACAUCUCAGGGAGAAGCUCAAAGAGUUGGAUUUUGGCCAUGUUGUAUUUGAGAUGUCCCAGAGACUGCCAAAUUGAGGUGCCAAGUGGACCUCUAAACAUGCAAUUAUGAAAUUAUGUCAGGUUAUGGCCGGGCGCAGUGGCUUACAUGUAUAAUCCCAGCACUUUGGGAGGCCAAGGCGGGUGGAUCACGAGGUCAAGAGAUCGAGACCAUCCUGGUCAACACGGUGAAACCCCGUCUCUACUAAAAAUAAAAAAAUUAGCUGGGCAUGGUGGUGCACGCCUGUACUCCCAGCUACUCAGGAGGCUGAGCAGGAGAAUUGCUUGAACCCAGAAGGUGGAGGCUGCGGUGAGCCGAGAUCAUGCCAUUGCACUCCAGUCUGGGUAACAACAGCAAAACUCCAUCUCAAAAAAAAAAAAAAAAAGAAAGAAAUUAUGUCGGGUUUAGGCUGGAAACAUCCAAUGGAUGGAUGCUUUUGUGUGGACACCGCAUGCAAUUGUUGGUUGGGUUUAAGACAGUGGCCAAGCCUCCUGAGCAGAGAGGAGGUCUAGGACAAAAAUGAAGCACAGCAAUAGAAGCAUGAGAGCUGGGCUUUGGUUUAGGUUGACUUACGUCUCUACAGCUCACUAUGUUUUUGUGGCCAUCCUUUUUAUGGUCAGGGCAUGUUAUCUCCUCUUAAGUGGGGUCCUGGGGUUUUUGUCAGGCUGGUGGAGUGGCAAGAUCAGAAAGGGCCAGUCUAAGCUGAGUCCCCAGGCCAAGGUGGGGCCAGUGAGUCUUAGUAUUUGAGUGUUAGGAAUACCAAAGACAGCUAUGACUAGGAAUGAGACAACACAUACAAAGGCAACAAUAUAAGAGGGAAAAGAUAUUUGAGAUCUGCUUUUGAUUCUGGGCAGCUGAUGGUUGAAGAAACAGGGCAAGGAGGGCAGGCAUUGACUUCAAGGCUGUGGCUGCCUCUGGCAGUGGAGUGUUUGGAGCUCUGUAGCUGGACCAGGAUUGGAUCCUGGAUGCGUCUGUCAGGAAUAUCUCACCAUGUUCUCCCUAGCACAUGGUGAGAUGCUAGGGAGAAGCCUACAGUGUGCACAGGGAGGGGAUGGAAACAUGAGAAUUGUCUGGUCUGAGGAGUGACAUGUAAAGGUGAGGGAAUGUGAACCAUUGGCCCCUUGGCCCUGGUACAAGAGGCAUAAAGAGAAAGGAAAGCCCAGAUUUUCUUGUGUGGGAGGUAUGAGCCAGAAGACACAAGGAAAAUUGGCCAGCAGGAGGGAGGAGCCAGCAUGCAUCUGCCCAUCGGCCUGUUGCUUCUCUAGGUUGGGUUGUCCUCAAUACAGUGACCAGUGGGACUACUAGGAGAGGGAGGGGCACCAUUAAGUCCAGGGCAUGUUAAGUGGGGCCCUGAGGAAGAAGGUAAGCUGUGGAUGAGUAGUAGAUGGUCUGAGAGAAUCAUAAGAGAAAGAGAUGUCAGUGGUAGAUGUGUCAGAAUUCUGAGUCACAUGGCAAGGGCCUACAUAUUUCCAUUUCAUCAUUUGUUUCUUUUUCAGCAUACCUGUUGGCCCUGUGGCUCAGCUGUCCCCUCAUUGAAGAGCCUGGUAACCUUUGAAGAUGUGGCUGUAUAUUUCUCCCAGGAGGAGUGGGGGCUCCUUGAUGUAGCCCAGAGGCACCUGUACCACAAUGUGAUGGUGGAAAACUUUGAGCUCAUUACCUCACUUGGUUGCUGGCAUGGAGUAGAGGGUGAGGAGGCCCAUCCCAAGAAGAAUGCUUCUGUAGAAGAGGUGUUACAGGUCAGGAAUGCACAUGCAGAUCCCUCCACCCAGAAGGCUAACCCCUGUGAUAUGUGUGGGCUAUACUUGAAAGACAUUUUGCACCUGGCUGAGCAUCAGGGAACAUACUCUCAGGAGAAACCCUACUCAUGUGGAACAUGUGGGAGAGAGUUUUGGUUGAGCACAAACCUUCACCAGCACCGGGAGUAUAGUAGAGGGAAGCCCUUCAGAUGGUAUAAGAACAGGGAUGCACUUAUGAAGAGCUCUAAAGUCCACCUGUCAGAGAACCCCUUGACUUGCAGGGAAGGUGGGAAGGCCAUCCUGGACAGCCGUGACCUCCUCCAGCUUCAAGCUGUUGACAGUGGGAGGAAGCCAUAUUCCAAUCUUGGGCAGAUUCCAGAAGUCUGUACUACACAGAAACUCUUCAAGUGCAGCAACUAUGGAAAAGCAUUCCUGAAAAGCUCCACUCUCCUCAACCAUUUGAGAACUCACUCUGAAGAGAUAACAUUUAGAUGCCCAACAGGUGGAAAUUUCUUAGAGGAGAAAUCAACCCUUGGUAAUCAAAAACUUCACACUGGGGAAAUAUCCCAUGUGUGCAAGGAGUGUGGAAAGGCCUUUAGUCACCUAUCUAAGCUGAGGAAGCACCAGAAAUUUCACACUAAAGUAAAAUAUUAUGAGUGCACUCAAUGUGCGAAAACCUUCAACCACAAACUCACAUUUGUUCAUCAUCAGAGAAUUCACCCAGGAGAAAGGCAUUAUGAGUGCAGUGAAUGUGGGAAAGCCUUCAAUAACAGAUCACACCUCAUUCGACAUGAGAAAGUUCACACUGGAGAAAGGCCUUUUGAGUGCCUGAAAUGUGGAAGAGCCUUCAGCCAAAGCUCCAAUUUCCUUCGGCACCAGAAAGUUCACACCCAAGUAAGACCUUAUGAAUGCAAUCAAUGUGGUAAAUCCUUCAGCCGAAGCUCUGCUCUCAUUCAGCACUGGAGAGUUCACACUGGAGAAAGACCAUAUGAAUGCAGUGAAUGUGGAAGAGCUUUUAAUAAUAACUCCAACCUUGCUCAGCACCAGAAAGUUCACACUGGAGAACGGCCUUUUGAGUGCAGUGAAUGUGGAAGAGACUUCAGCCAAAGCUCCCAUCUCCUUCGACAUCAGAAAGUUCACACUGGAGAACGGCCUUUUGAAUGCAGCGAAUGUGGUAGAGCCUUCAGCAAUAGCUCCACCCUCAUCCAGCACCAGAAAGUACAUACUGGGCAAAGGCCUUAUGAGUGCAACGAAUGUAGGAAAUCCUUCAGCCGCAGCUCCAGCCUGAUUCAGCACUGGAGAAUUCACACCGGAGAAAGGCCUUAUGAAUGUAGUGAGUGUGGGAAAGCCUUCACUCACAGUUCCAGUCUCAUUGAACACUGGAGAGUUCACACAAAAGAAAAGCCUUAUGAAUGCAAUGAAUGUGGGAAAUUCUUCAGCCAAAACUCUAUUCUCAUUAAGCAUCAGAAAGUUCAUACUGGAGAAAAGCCUUAUAAGUGCAGUGAAUGUGGGAAAUUCUUUAGCCGAAAAUCUAGCCUUAUUUGUCACUGGAGAGUUCACACUGGAGAAAGGCCUUAUGAAUGCAGUGAAUGUGGAAGAGCCUUCAGCAGUAACUCCCACCUGGUUCGUCAUCAGAGAGUUCACACAAAAGAAAGGCCCUAUGAGUGCAUCCAGUGUGGAAAAGCCUUUAGUGAAAGAUCUACACUUGUUCGGCACCAGAAAGCUCAUACCAGAGAAAGGAUUUAUGAGUGUAGCCAGUGUGGGAAAGUCUUUAGCCAUCUUUGUAACCUUGCUCAGCAUAGAAAGAUUCAUACCUGAGUGGAGCCUUAUGGGAGUGGUCUUUGUGAGAAGAUCUUCAGCCAAGUCAAACUUCAUGCAGUAGAAUCCCCGUAUUAGAAUUUACCUACAUGUACUCCUAAUGUGGAAAAGUGUUUAGAAGCUGCUAUGUUCUUUCUCACCAGCCCAAAAAACUUCGCAGGGCCAUCUCACCCAUGUAGCAUAAGGCAGAAGCCACAGCCACUUUCCAUCUUGCCUGGAUCCAAAAAUUUGCAGCAGUCCUGUCCUCAUGCAUGGGGAAAACAGUUCCCUGAGCCUCCCUUAGCCUGUCCUGUAGGGAUUCAGGACCAUCCUUAGCUCACUGGAAUGGUGUUAAUUCCCAUUGCCUCUGAGAGGGUUAGGCAGUCAGCUGAACCCAUGCUGGUCAAGGGGCCUUGAGGGAAAUCUAAUUUGAGCUCAGGAAGAAAUCAAGUUUGUGUUUAACCCCUAAGAUGUGUCCAUUGAGACCACAAAUCACCCUCCACCGGAAUAACCUACCUUGUCUGCACUAUACUGUGUGAUAAUAAAGAGCUUAUUGAUGAGGU